AUGCAUGAAUCAGCAACGGAGAAUCCUGUUUCCUCAACCUCAAUUGUUUUUACUGCUACACUCUACUUCAUGAGCCGUCCAAGAAAAGUUUACUUGGUGGAUUUUUCAUGUUACAAGCCCGGACCAGCUCAUAUAGCAUCUAGAGAACUCUUCAUGCAGUUAUCUGCAGCGUCCGAGGUUUUCACAGAGCAAAGCUUAGCUUUUCAAAAGAAAAUCCUAGAGAAAUCAGGCUAUGGUGAAAUGACCUACGCUCCAAUAGGCUUGAUGCGUGUCCCGCCAUACCAGUCCAUGGCUGAAUCCUGGAGGGAAUCAGAGAUGGUGAUGUUCGGAGCAAUUGAUGAUCUCUUGGCCAAAACAAGGGUGAAGCCUAGAGACAUAGGAAUACUUGUGGUGAAUAGCAGUUUGUUCAAUCCCACGCCGUCUCUCUCAGCUAGAGUUGUGAAUCACUACAAGCUUAGAGGGAACAUUUUGAGCUAUAAUCUUGGUGGUAUGGGCUGCAGUGCAGGACUUAUUUCUAUUGAUCUUGCCAAAGACCUUUUACAGGUGCAUCCCAACUCCUAUGCCCUAGUGGUUAGCACCGAGAACAUUACUCGCAACUGGUAUUUUGGCAAUGACCGAUCGAUGCUUGUCACCAACUGCCUCUCCCGUAUGGAAGCAGCCGCAGUCCUCCUAUCCAACCGGACAUUUGAUCGCCGUCGCUCAAAGUAUCAACUUAUCCGUACUGUACGUACACAUAAGGGUGCAGAUGAUAAGUCCUUCAACUGUGUCUUGCAACGAGAGGAUCUUGACACCCAAAGAGUUGGUGUCUCUCUCUCAAAAGACCUAAUGGCUAUAGCUGGAGAAGUCCUUAAAACGAAUAUAACCACUCUGGGCCUAUUAGUUCUUCCAGUCUCCGAGCAACUUCUAUUCUUUGUAACCUUAAUUGCCCAAAAAAUCUUCAAGAAGAAGAUAAAACCAUAUAUUCCUGAUUUCAAGUUGGCAUUUGAGCACUUCUGCAUCCACGUCCAAUGGUAUGACAGUCACUGCUUGACCCCAGUGCUAGGUGUCUGGCAGCCAUGCCAUUUCCCAGCGCCUGGAGCUGAUAGUCUUGCCAUGCCGCAACACCUGGGACCUGACAGUCUUAUCAUGUCCCAACAAAAUCUGAACUGA